GACUUGGCGGACAAGCAGCAGGCCGAGAUCAUCAGCAACAGCAUCAGCAACAGCAUCAGAGCCAUCGAAAGAGGGUGAGCUCUAUGAUGUUGCUGAGCAUACCGCCGAUACCACACCACACCCAUCAUUACAGCCUUCUCCACAACUUGAUGUCGAUAGUCAUGAUAGGGAUACGAACAACAGCAGCAGUGAUAGUUGCAGCAUCUCCUCGAUGGGUAUAGAACCAUUCGAACUCGGGAUCGCCGAUGACACGAGAAAGCCUAUGGACGUCCAUCACGGCUGCUCAACCAUAGUGCUGUUGCCGGAUGCUUACUCUAGUGUUAUCAUGGAUUGUGAUAAUAUCAACGAUAAUGGUGAGUGUGGUGGUGAUGGAGGAUCGCCUGAUAUUGAUACUGUGGAGGAGGGACAAGACAGGGGACGAGGGGUUGUUGGGGAUGACAUGAUAAAAAAUGAUGAUGAGGAUGGUGGAGUGUUAUGGAGUUUGAAGCACAACCUCAUGAAUAAAGGAUUAUCAUGGUCUGAUCGUUUGCUCCAUACAACCGAAGCGGCAUUGGAUGUAACAGAGAGGGCAGUGGGGUUCAUCUUGUCCGAUGAUAAACCUAGUGCUAUUGCAACGUCAAGCACUGUAGAGGUGGAAGAGGGAAACGAUGAAGUAUCAGGGAAGCAGACUCUACCAGGAAGAGAAGGAGAAGUUGUAGAGAAGGAAGAAGAGGAGUAUUCGCUAUCAGAACCGGCACUAAGUGUCGAGGAGCUUACUUCCAGUGACGAGGAUGGUCGGCCUAG